AAUGUGUCCAACAUGAAGACUAGAAGAAGUCUUCAUAGUGUCCAAUCAUACGCUCGAAAUUCGAAUGAAUAUUUACCAGGCCCCGGACACUGAUAAGUGAUAAAAAUUAACACGGGGAAGAUACUUAUCACACAAAAACGCGGCGGUCAUCUUCUUAAGUCUACACCACUAUAUUGUUAUGUCUAAACAUUAUUAUUUUCAAUUGUGUAUAGAUAUAACACAUUUUACUAAAUAGGUCUUUACAAAAUGGUCGUCACUUUUUUGUUCACCCUUCUGAUUUUAUAUAUUCUGUGUAUUUACCCCCAUUGCAUCUACCUACAGCCGACUACCACGCUCGCGCUCCUAUGACCGCACAAAAAUUAUGUUAUCAAAUAAUUGUUGUCUUAACACUUUACUCUUUGUACUUUUGUAAUAUAAAAUAUUAAGUCUCGACUCUAGCUUAAGAUUACCCAACAGUCUGAUUUAUAAAAGACUGAUUUAAAAAGUUAGUUUUUUAACGUUUAUUCGUUUUUACUAAAAAUAAUAUUAAAUAAAGUUAGUGAUUUUGUAGCUGUAAGUUAUUUGAGCAUCUAGAUAACAGAGCACUGACAGUUGGCCUGUUUGUAGCUGUGUAAUUGCAACUUAUAGUUUAAGGUGCGAGAAAGAACCAAGAAUUACAAUUGAAACACAUAAUUGUAUUGUAAAAAGAUUAUGAUUAAAGUAGAAGAAGAAAAUAAACAGCAACUUUCCCAAGCCUAUGAGGAAGAAACUAAGCAAUUUUACAAUGUAAAAUUAAAUAAUAGUUAUAUACCAAUCCAAAACGAUUCUCAAAAAAACAUUGAUGUCAAUACCUACAAAGUUGACAAAUCUAGUAUUAAAAUUGAGAUAGAUGAGACAGAUGAUUGUUACUACGAGUCUAUUAUCGAAAUAGAAGAAAAUGAAGAGCUCAAGCAGCAACUUAAAGCAUUUGAGGAUAAUACUAAACCAACGACUAGCAUAGUAAAAUCAAAUGAUAGUUGUGCGACAACCCAAAAUAAAAACGACAUUCAAAAAACAUUCAACAGCAAUACACACAAGUAUGAAAAGUCAAUAAAUUUGAAAACAUAUUUAUUUGAAAAAGAUGCAGACAUAACUAAAAAAUUAUCCAGAAUUGGACCUACUGAUUUCAAAAACGCAUUUGAAAUCAUUAUUAGAGACAUUAAAAAACAGUUAAUUGUUAAAAGUCCAAGUGGAAAAGAUGUUGUUAUAUUUGAUACUUUAAUGAGACCACUGAAAUUUACAAGUUUUUUAAAUAUUUUCUCUAGAGGAAAUAGCCAGCCAAUUAUUGGUGUUUUGGUAAAUAUAAAAAAUAACAAAAAUGAAUAUUUAAGUACAUUAUUAGAUGGUUUUACUGAAAAUGACAGAAUAAUAAUAUUCAAUGGAAUUUAUACUAAUCCACCUACUAUAAUAACAAACAGAACCCCUUAUUUAAGAAUUGAAGCUGAAUACAGUUCUUCAGUUAUUAUUUUUAAGCAUUCUGGAAUUUCUUGCAAUAUAAAUGAAUGUGAAAAUACUUCCAGUACUAAAUUUCUCGAAAUAAGACCUGAAGCUAGUUCGUCAAAAGGUAACCGAUCAACUAAUGAUAAACAAUUGGCAGCAACAUCAACAGAUUAUGAAGAAAAUAUAAUGAACUUGUCUCCAAUAAAUCUUAAAUCUCCUACUGACUUAACACUAGAGGAAUCUGUUGAAAUGGAAUCACUUGUAGAUGACUAUGUAAAUACAUCACCUCAUCGCCAUCAACUAAAAAAUAAACAAUUAGAAGUACCACAACAAAAUAAUAAAACAAAUAUCAACUAUUUAUUUCCAGUGAAACCUACUAAAUCUGCUAAUGAAUUAACUAAACUUUUGGACCUAGAUUCCUCCGAUGACGAUAAUGUAAAUAUAUCACCUUGUCACGACUUAUUCAAAAAAUCACAACAAUCUGUUAUUAAAGUAUUUUCAAGUGAAGAAAUUCAAGAAAAAUCUCCAAAUAUCUUUCAAACCCACAAAAAUAACUGUAAUUCAGCUAUAACAAAUUCCUACGGGUCAGAUAAUAGUUCCAGAAGUUCAGACGGGCAUGACAACCUAUCUGAUGAAACAAUGUUUUCACCUGAAACUCGGGACAACUCCGACACUGAAUAUCUGCCCAAAACAAAAACUAGCAAUGAACAACAUUCUCUUAAAAAUAAAUCUAUUUCAGAUUGUAGAUUGAUAUUUUUUGAACCUUGUGUAUAUUUUGAAGAGUCUGAUUUAGUGAUGGGUUAUUGCAUAAAAUGUACUUCUUUCGUUUCUAUACCAACACUUAUUAUCUCAAAACACACUCAAAAAACAGACUAUAAAUGCCGCAUUUGUAAUACUUUAUUUAAAUGUAUUACCUAUUAUUUCAAAAUGAAUUUCUUGUACGGAGAACAUCAAACCGAAGCAAUAGAAGUCUGCUGUUACAAUAAGUACGCUGAAAAAGUUAUAAGCAAAUUGGUAUCAAAGAAAAUUACAGCUGAAGACUAUAUAAAAGACAAUAAUAAUAAGAUGUUAAUUAAAAAUGCCUUUAAAUCUCUUUUACUCGACAAAACUAAACUAACUAUAUGUGUAGAAAAGUCUAUUAUCGACAAUACAUCAAUUUUAUUGUCGAUAGAUUUAUAAUAUAAUGUUUAUAACGAGUUUUUUUUAUUAUUAAAAUAAAAUGUUUUUAAGAGUUGAA